UCCUCAGACAGGUGGAGGAGACGUCCUCAAGCAGCUGAACUGCACCGGGCUCGGACUUGAGGACUGGGCUGGGCUGCAGGACGAGCGGCGGCGCUCGCUGUGCACGCUCGGUGCACGGAUACCCCCCCUUAUCCCUCAUUUGCUCCCCUUGCAGCUGAUGCCAGAUACAAAAAAAAAAAAAAAAAAACAUGCUUCGGCUGAUUUCCCCCGUCCUGAUCCCCCGCACACAUGCUUGAUUUUUCCAGCGUGCGCACGGAGAAGAGGAGGGAUGUAGCCGCAGCAGGACAAAUGAGGAGAACACAUGGACUUCAGCUUUUCCCCUGAGAUUCUUACGGUCUAAACCGGGCUUUCAUCGCGCUGCUCUGGUCAUGGAGAGCCAAGCGGUCGAGCCGCAGAACUAUGAAGAUGUGCAGAAAAGCGGCUACCUCCGCAAGCACAAAUCGAUGCACCGGCGGUUCUUCGUGCUGAGGGCGGCCUCGGAGCAUGGUCCCGCUCGUCUUGAGUACUAUGAGAACGAAAAGAAAUUCCGCAGUAAAUCACCUGUGCCCAAGAAGGUCCUGAACCUGGAGACCUGCUUCAACAUCAACAAGCGGGCGGAUUCCAAGAACAAGCACAUGAUCGUGCUCUACACCCGCAGCGAGAGCUUUGCCAUCGCUGCGGACAGCGAGGAGGUCCAGAAUGAGUGGUACCAAGCCAUGCUGGAUCUUCAGUGCAACUGUAAAACUCCUGAAGACUAUGGCAGCAGUGGAGAGUGUAGCUCUCCAUCUCCCAUCCCGACUUUUAAGGAGGUAUGGCAAGUCAAGGUUUGGCCUAAAGGUCUUGGACAUGCCAGGAACUUGGUGGGCAUCUAUCGACUGUGCCUAACUGAUAAGACAGUCAACUUUGUCAAACUCAACUCAGAUGUGGCUGCUGUGGUGUUGCAGCUGAUGAAUGUCCGCAGGUGUGGCCAUUCAGAAAAUUUCUUCUUCAUUGAGGUGGGACGCUCAGCCAUUACAGGCCCCGGAGAGUUCUGGAUGCAAGUGGACGACUCUGUUGUGGCUCAAAACAUGCACGAGACUCUGCUGGAGGCUAUGAAAGCCCUAAGUGAGGAAUUCCGUCAGCGCAGCAAGUCUCAGUCUGUGGGAACUUCUUGUGGUGGCGGUACUGCUUCAAACCCCAUUAGUGUCCCGAGUCGGCGUCAUCACCCAAACCUGCCACCAAGCCAGGUGGGCUUCUCCAGACGAGCACGCACUGAGACCCCAGGAACAGGUGGCAGCAGCACAAGCACAUCACCCACGUCACGUCAUGGAUUUCCAAGGGCACGAACAGCCAGCAUUGGAGCCAGGUCGGAAGAGGGAGGAGCGAGUGCCAGAGGGACGUGGGCCAGUUCCAGCCCGAGCCUGAAUGGAUCCUGCUCAACUACUCCAACGCUUAGGCCCAAACCCACAAGGGCUCCAACACCUGCUAAGAUAACCUUAAGCCUUGCACGUUACACACCUAACCCUGCUCCCUCUCCUGCACCAAGCCUGUCCUCCAGUUCAGGUCAUGGGUCAGAGUGUGGCCUGGUUGGGUCCGUAGUGGGAGGCAUGUCGAUUUGCUCCUACGCUCGCGUUUCUCAAAGAGUUUCUGUUUCAGGUUCACCGAGUGACUACGGGUCCUCAGAUGAGUAUGGUUCCAGUCCUGGUGAACACUCUCUGCUCAUACCAAGUUUAUCAGGACAUCAUGCACAUGGAGAGGGCUCCUCCAGCUAUAUAGUAAUGGGACAACGAGAAGGUCUGCUUGGUUCCCAUCAUCAUUCAAAAGGCAGACGGAUUCUGAGACGCUCAUCAAGUCGAGAGUCUGAGGCCGAGCGAAGGCUGCUGAGUAAGAGGGCAUCCCUGCCUUUGGCAUCCCAUGAAAGACUAACCCCGCACAGAAAAGAUGAAGAUGAUGACGAUGAGGAAGAGUAUGCCAUCAUGUCACAGAGUGCUAAUAGAGAGAGUGCGGAUCUGCAUCAAGGCUCAGGGAAUCCAGCAGUUCAGGGUGGGCAGCUUGACGCAGUAGGGAAGAACAGGAAGAGGGCUGACAAAAGCAGGGGACAUGGGGACAGAGGAGCAGCUGUAGACAGUGGCUACAUGUCAAUGUUACCUGGGGUGACAUCUCCACCUGUUUCACUAUCUCUUUCAAUGGGUAUGUACGACGCCAGUGCUAAACCCGGGGCAGAUGAUGAGUACAUGGCCAUGACCCCCAAAAACAGUGUGUCCCCUCCUCAGCACAUCCGCCAACCCUCCUCAGAGGGCUACAUGGUCAUGUCUCCUAACAGCAGCAGCUCCACAGACCUGCAUGGACUGGGCAUAUGGGAGAGCAGAGCCAGCAUGGAGAGCCGAGCGGCCAGUGACUACAUGAACAUUUCCCCUGUCAGCAGUCGCUCUGCCUGCAGCACACCACCUUCACACCCUGAACAGCACCAACUGCAACCAAAAAUGUUCAAUUCAUACUUCUCCCUGCCACGAGCCUAUCAGCAUACCCUUUAUACUCGCUUUGAGGAGGACUUGAACAAAGGGGAAGAAAAGAAAGACAGCAGUGGGCAUGAAAGUGCUGGUAGGGGAGGGAGAACAGGGUACAGCAAAAGAAACAAAAUUGCAGUGGGCUCUGCAGGAAGCUGCCAGCUCUCCAUGUCUUCCUCUUCUUUUUCCUCCAGCUCUGCUAGCAGUGAAAGCCUUGAAGAUAAGACAACUUCUGGUGGGCGGGGGUUAAGUUUAUUAAGAACUGGGGCAGAAUACAAAAGUGCAGGAACAUCCACAAAGGACGGACGUCACCACCAAAAGCGUGCAUCCAGUAGUAAGAGCCCAAAGCAACAGAGGAGGGGGCGUCCUUUGAGUGUAUCUUCAGACAUUGCUAAAGCGAACACCUUGCCAAGGGUUAAGGAGAAUCUACCACCAUCAGGGUCCCAGAAUGUCGGGGACUAUGUAAGUAUUAUCUUUAAGGAAGAUGGUGCAUUCGAUAAAGAACAAAGUGGAGGGUCUCAUCACGGACCACCUUUAAUCCAUGGAACUCUUUGGCCCAUAAACCAACCGCUGCUCUGUCAUGAUAACCCUGCUAACCUUCCCCGCAGCUUCUCGGCACCACUCUCCACCUCCGCUGAGUAUGUCAACAUGGAUUUAGGGAAAUCCUCAACACCACUGACUCAUGUUAGAUCCACAUUCAGCACCCUACAGGACCCACCGGCAGUUUCCCCCAAGGCCCGGCAUGAACACAGCUCGCCCUCUCCGCUGGUAGCAGAAUGCAGCGCAGGGUACAGAACAAAAAUAAAGAUGGCAACAGGGCUGACGGAUGUUCCAUUUAUAGACAGCAAAAUUUCCAGUUCGAGCAACUUAGCAAGACCUGCCACUCACUCUGGUCAACCACUAUCUAGAGAGCAGGAUGCAAGUUUGGGUUCUUCCCCAGUCAAGUCCUUCCAGUCGCCUGAUAAGAGCAGCAGACUGGUCCGAGGUGAUCAACAGAGACACCUGAGCCACCGGUCAGAGACAUUUAGCUCACCGCCAUCUUUGCCACCAUACGCAUCUUCUUCUACCUCCCUCUUCCCUGAGGGCAGCCAUGCAGCGAGUCAUCGGCAGGGUUUGGACUGCUCACUGUGGGAGAAUGGCCAGACUGCUGGUUUGUCUGCCACGCCUCCACCCCAAGCCUCCACCACAUCCACUGAACAAGGCCUUAACUACAUAGACCUUGACUUAGCCAUGAAGGAGAGCCCUCAAGCUGGAGCAGAGCGCACCUCUCCUGUCUACAACGUCGGAGCGAGUACCAGUGCCGGCUCUUCCCUCAACACUUAUGCCAGUAUUGAUUUCUACAAAUCAGAGGAGCUACGAACGAACCAGAACAGCAGGAAGGAUGGGCAAGACUGUUGAUCUCCGUCUUUGUCUUUGAUGCGACGGCUCGCCAUGUGUUGCCACAACAGAACUGGACGCCGGAGUCGGAACGCUGAAACUAUGGAAAGCUCAUCCCUUCCUGUUUGGUGUUUCCUGUCAACCAAAUGUGUGCCAAACACACACGCGCACACACACACACACACACACACACACACCCACACACACACACACGCGCACACACACACACACAACCUUACAAACUCAACACACAAUCAAAGCGUAAGGAAAAGACGUUACGUUGCUUGAACUAAGGAGACACUUGAUCUUUUUUUAACUUGGUACAGAGAAGCUCACAGGUGACAGGCUACAAAAUACGGUUGCCACCUUUUUUUGUACUUCAUUAAAAAUCAUAAUCGUUCCAAAAUGUUUUAUUAUGUGUGUUAAUGUUAGUUUCAUUGAAUUUUAUAAUUGGCAAAAACUCCAUGUGUCAUUUUUGAGCGAACCAGUUCGUUGAAGUUCUGUGCCACAAGAUUGGAAAGUAAUUAUAUGCCAAUUAGUACGCUUAUUUAAUUUCGCUUCAGUGUUACAUUCUUUUUCUUUGCACACAUAGUUUAAAUGAUCAACAGAUGUCCCUUAGGUUCAAGCAAGUAAGAAGAUAACUGCUGGACAUACGUUUCUUAAACAUUCACACCAUCUCACUGUAAACAGUUUUAAAUUAUUAUCUACUGUAAAGUUGCCCCAAAAAAGCUUUUAUACUUUUAGACUACUGCUCUUGUGUUACUGAGGUGCUCCAAAUACUGGCCAAAUGCUUUGAAAUGUAAAUUCACUACAGAGCCCUUCACAUUUAUUUGCUCUCCUGGUGAGGAUGUUUAAAAAUCUUUAAAAUAAAUUUGUCCUUUAUUGCAGUAGCAAAAUUUCACAUAAGAUGAUUCUGAGACUAAAAUGACUUUUCACUGCAAGCUGCCCAAAAACCUGCUGGCAUGUAGCUAGUAUCCAAUGGAUGUAAUGCAAAUCUGACAAACUCUUUGUUGGAGUUUUCAAACUAUACGUUUGCCUCGGCCAGCCUUGUUUGUUCCCUUUCUUGAUUUUAAUUGUUGCUCUUUCUGCAGAUAUGGCCAAAUUUAGAUCAUCAGCUGGGUGUUUGUGGUCAUUUCCUAACUUAUGGGGUUGAUGUUUUUCUUGAGUGCCAUGUUCUCUUGUCUUUCCCACGUUGAAGAACGGAAAAGAGCAAUGUGCCUCUGCGUCACAUAAAAGUUUCCCCAAGGAAGCCGCAAGUCAUGCAUUACAAAUUAAAGGCUUCCCAAUACAAUAAAGAGAUUUAAAUUAUAUAAACAUAAAAUAGGAAUUUAUUUUAAGGCUUUUUGCACGUCCUUACAGAGAUGCCAGUUAAAGUGAAGGAUGCUUUCCCACCAUUUACCUAUCAAUCCCCAUUGCUGUGACGCAUUUAAAGUCCAGCCCCAUUCAAGUGGGAAAAAUACUUUUGCUUGUAUUUAUGGAAAUGUCCUGGCUGAUAGGUGCUAAAGACUCCUGAACAUAAAACUAGCAAGGCUCUUCAUGUCCCACUUUAAGUGUUCAAAGAUUUUCCCGAUCGUUAGACGCAUAGAAGUUGAACAGACGCAGCCGGUCUGCGACAUCUACACGGACAGAGAGCUGCAAAUAUUCCCCCCUCGUCCGCCUUCGGAUUCCUCUUAAUAACAGUGUAUCAGAUGAGGCUGACACAUGACUGUCAAAUCAAUUACAUGAUGUCUGAGUCACACAACGAGCGCUUCAGCAGGAGAGACCAUCAGAGGAAAAAAAAUAGAGAUAUACGUUGCUUUUUUUUUUUUUUUUUUAGUUGAAGACUUAAAAUCAUUUUGAACUUUUAAGUAACACAAACUUAGUAGAAACAUUAUAAAUGCUUUUUUUUGGCAUCUCAGCUUUUCUAUUACAACUGUAUAUUACACUAUGGUAUAUACUAUAGUAAUAAGAGUAGAGUGACAGAAACUAUAGUACAUACUGCGGUUAUAGUUUUCCUCAUUUCCGAAACAGUUAACACAAUUUUAAUAUAAAAUGACACACUACAAUGGUAUAUAAAAUAUACAGUAUACAUAUAAUGAAUAAUACUAUAUAGCCUAGAUAUCUAUAUACUCUUUUAUAAAGUGCCUCAUUUUUGAUUGUAGCUGUUUUUACACAGGUUAUCUUAAAAUGGGUUGUGAAAACGGGGCUGGGGGAAAACAAUAACAUUUCUCUUCAAAGCUUAAAUUUGUGGAAGGAGGACAGACCAGAAACGUAAAACUGCUGCCGUUCAACAGUGAUUAGAUUGCCUUAAAGUGUUUUAUCAGAGACAUGAAAAAGGAAGCAGUUUUGAUUUUGUUGCAGUGCCUAACACUGAAGCCACAAUGUAAGCACAUGCACCCCUCUCGCUAUUUUAUUUAUUUUUUUGGUUGGUUUUGUCAAACUGAGGUUUUGCUAAAAAAAAAAAAAAGAAGAAGAAAAAGAGAAAAGACAAUGAAGACAAAGAAGAAAGAAUCCUCUCCUCAUAUAUUUUUUUGUAGUGGUCCCGUCUUUCUAUUUCACUCUCAUGCACCCACCUGAAAAAACAAGCAUAUACGAUACAUUAGUCAUACACGGCGCCUUGCAAAACUAUUCAUUGCUUUUGAACAUUACAACCACAAACUUCAAACUGUAUUUUAUUGGGAUUUUAUAAAACAGACCACCACAACAUAGUGCACAGCUGAAAAGUUGGACAAAAUGUAUUUCUUUUCCAAAAUAAUUACAAAUUCAAAUAAGAAAGGUCUUUUAGGGUACUUCAAUCAGCUUUGCUCAAACAACGUAGACAUUCUUCUUUGUAAAGCAUCUGGGAACAGUAAAUGUCCAAGUCACAGAUUCCCAAUUGGAUUUAGGCCUACACUUUUCAGAUUUUUAUUAAUAAAUCAUUUUUGAGAAACAUCUAAUCUGUACUCCACAGUUAUACUGUAUUCAUGUUAGUUUGUCAGAUAAGGUCCUAAUGUGGAAUUGAUGAAUACCUUUGCAAAGCACUACAUCUUAACUUUCCUGGUUUCUGCUUCACGAAGAAGCUGCCAUCUUGUAUGUAAAUAAUGAACACGAUAUUAAUGAAUUAACUUUUACGUUUUAAAAGCACUCCCUUAACAAGCUUUUGGAAAAAUGGAGCGUGCUUGUGGCUGUGAGCUUGUUCGUGUCAAAACUGUAUGAACAUGCUUUUCAGUGAUUUGGUGAUACAGAUAUUGAUUGAGCUUCCAGUAAUUGUGAGUAGUUCUGUUUCUCUAUCAUAUUGUCUUCUUUUCUCCACCCACAACAUCUGUUGGACUGUGGACCAAGUCUUUACACUCAUUGCCUCCUCUUUUAUAAAUCCUGCUGCAGCCAAUCAAAGUACCCAAAAGAAAAGAAAAAAAACAAAAGUCUAAAAUUAAUGAAAGGUUUAGAAUAAUUUGUUGGUCUAAUUUAGGAAACACACACAUCCAGAUAUCAGUCAAAAUAUUCUUUCCUUUUUAAAGCUCAUAUUGUGUUUCUCUGACUGUAGUACUUUAACUGGGGGGUGUUUAAUCACGGCCACAGGUGGCAACAUUUAUUUGGCCUUGUUGUGACAUUGCUGAAACUGCAGACCAUUUUAAUUGCAAAUACUUUUAGAAAGAAAAAAAAAUGUCUGCUGUAUUUUGUUGAUAAGGUGAUGCAAUGCUGAACCAAACUUGUUCUGAGUCCAGGGUUCUGGCUGAGUGCACACAGGGUAAAAACAAAUGAAAGGUUUUCUUGAUGGAGUUCUGACAUUUGGUAGCUUUUCCCACAUUUAGAUUGAUUUAAAU